UUGUGGUAAUGAUUAGAAACUUAUAAGUGAAUAUGUCCGCGUAUAUGGCGACAAAAAAUGUGAAGAUUUACAUAUAGAAACAAUACGUCGUACGUUGAAAAGUCUGCCAGCAAUCUGCAGAUUGCCCUGGGUCACGCCAUGUUCAAACUGUGUGCGUGCCUCUUUCUGGUAUCAUUUCUUGGCGUUAGAGCACGUGACCGGGUCUACUACCUGACGGCGGAGGAGGUAGAAUGGGACUACGCCCCGGGGGGUCGAAACAUCGUCGACAACAGACAAGAAGAUGCAGAUGUGUUUCUCAAAAGAGGCACUGACCGGAUAGGGCGUAUCUACACAAAGUGUGUGUACAAGCAGUAUACAGACCAGACCUACCGUACUGAGGUUCGCAAAUCCUCCUGGAUGAAGAUUUUAGGUCCAGCCCUUAGAGCGGAAGUCGGCGACAGAAUGAUCGUUAACUUUUUCAACCGAUGUUUCAGACCAUUUAGCGUCCACCCUCACGGGGUCAUGUACGACAAAGAUCAAGAAGGAGCUCUUUAUAUGGAUGGGACAUCCGGGUCGGACAAACGAGACGAUGGAGUGCCCCCUGGUGGUCGUUACCAGUAUAUCUGGAAAAUAUCCGAAAAUUUUGCCCCAUCCCCCGACGAUCCCACGUGUCUGACCUGGGCGUAUCACUCCCACGUGGAUGCAGUGAGAGACACGAAUUCAGGGCUGAUCGGGCUCUUGCUAACUUGUAAAAAAGGCUCUUUGAUGCCGGACAACACGCGAAGAGAUCGACAGAAGGAUUUUGCUAUGCUGUUCAAGAUUUUCAACGAGAAUGUUAGUUGGUAUCAAGAGCGGAACUUUGCCAAAUGUGGGAAUCCAGCGACUUGCAGAGAGCUGGCUGAGAAAGGAGACGAGGAAUUUGCAGAGAGCAACCUGCUACAUGCCAUCAAUGGCAACCUGUACGGCACAUUGCCUGUAUUCCAUGUCUGUGAGAAGGAGUUGGUGAACUGUCAUCUGCUAGGAAUGGGGACAGAGGUAGACCUACAUACCGUGCUGAUUCACGGACAAACGCUCCUGUAUAACAAACACAGGAAGACAUCUGUUGGAUUAUUCGCAGCUGAAUUUAAGACGGCUUUGAUGAUACCACAGAAUGCCGGUCGAUGGUUGAUCAACUGCCAAGUUAACGAUCAUUAUACAGCUGGCAUGCAGGCUUUCCUUGAUAUCCGUCUGUGCAGGGACAACACGCAAUCGUUCUCCUCAUUAUAUCGUGACUAUUAUCUGGCAGCAGAGGAAGUGACUUGGAAUUUUGCUCCUUCCGGUAUGGAUGGGUUUAAUGGCGGAUCCUUGUUACAGAGUGACAAGGAUUCUGCUGUUUAUUAUGAACAUAGUUCACAGAGAAUUGGUGGAGUUUACAAAAAGGCCAAGUUCUUCGAGUAUACCAAUGGUUCAUUUAAUCGGAGAAAGACGAAAACUCCCGAAGAGGAAUAUUUGGGAAUUUUGGGACCCGUGAUCAGGGCGGAAGUAGGGGAGACAAUCAUAGUUGUGUUCCAAAAUUUGGCAAGUAGGAACUAUUCACUUCAAGCUCAUGGAGUCAGUGUGAAAAAAGAUGAAGAGGGCUCGAAAUACAACGAUAAAUCUAAAGGAAGUGCCUUAUAUGACAACGAAGUGGGGCCUGGCGGUAUAUUUGUGUACUUCUGGUAUAUCCCGGAGGAAGUUGGUCCUAGUGACCUUGACCCUGAUUGCAUCACCAAUUUCUACCAAUCAGGUGUAGAUCCUGUCAGAGAUACCAGUUCCGGUCUUGUUGGCCCACUGCUGGUUUGUAAGAAAGGAUCUCUGACAACUGACGGCCAACAGAAAAACGUUGACAAAGAGUUUGUAUUAUUGUUCACAAUCUUCGACGAAAACCUUUCGUGGUAUAUUGAUGACAAUAUCCGAAUUCAGGGCUUGAGGACAACGAACACAGAUGAUGAAGAUUUUGCCGAAUCUAAUAAAAUGAGAAGUAUCAACGGAAGAGGCUAUGGAAAUCUGAAAGGCCUAACCGUCCUAAACAAUGAUCGCAUAUCCUGGCAUUUGAUUGGUUUGGGAACAGAGUCUGAUCUGCACUCAGUACAUUUCUAUGGCAACACUCUUGUCAAAGAUGGCGGCCGUGUGGAUACCAUCGCGGUAUUUCCCGGGACUACAGCCACGGCAAUCAUGAUUCCCGACAAUCCAGGUACAUGGGGACUCGUGUCUCGAACGGAUGUUAACUUUAUUGGCGGAAUGACGGCCCUGUACCGUGUUAUGCCCGCGAGAAACCGGUUGCCUAGGAUACAGACCGUCACCACGGGAGUCACAAGGACUCUCUACAUCGCCGCUGUCGAGAGACUCUGGGACUUUGCUCCAACAAAGAUCGGUAUUGUGAAAGGAGAGAGUCUGUACGACGAAGACUCAGAUGGCUACAUAUUUGUACGCAACGACACGGGAUUUAUUGGAAGCACCUACAAGAAGGUUCUAUAUCGUCAAUUUACGGACAGCAGCUUUCGAGUGGAAAUGAAGAGAGAUGACACUGACCGACAUCUUGGAAUGAUGGGACCGUACAUCCGGGCAGAAGUUGGUGACGUCAUCAACAUUGUUUUCAAGAACAUGGCGAGCCGCCCUUACUCGAUUUAUCCUCAUGGAAUAAUCUCAAAGAAAAUAAACGAGGGCGCUUUGUACAAAGGAUCAAGCAGAAGGAACUCUGGGGCUUCAGUUGCUAGUGGAUCCACCUUCACGUACACGUGGAAUGUUCCGGAAAUGUCAGGACCAGCCGAAGGAGAUCCGAACUGCAUCGCGUGGCCUUAUUAUUCUCACGUGGACCCUGUCCGCGAUGUAAACUCUGGCCUGAUUGGUCCGUUGGUGAUCUGCAGAAAUGGCGUCUUGGAUACGAACUCUCAUAGACAGGACAAGAUAGACAAGGAGUUUACGCUUCUUUUUACCGUGACAGAUGAGAACAAAAGUUGGUAUAUUGACGAAAACAUUCUCACGUACGCUCGCACAAGAACGGAUGUGGACGAUCCAGACUUCGAAGAAAGUAAUCUGAUGCACGGAAUAAAUGGUCGCAUUUACGGCAAUAACAAUGGAAUUGAAAUGUACAACGGCGACGUGGCGGCUUGGUAUGUGCUGGGAAUGGGGACAGAGAUAGACAUACACACCGUGCACUUCCACGGCCAGACGCUCAUACAUAAACAACAGAUCACCAACAGAGUUGACGUCAUCGAAGUUUUCCCGGGAAUUUCCGAGACGCUAGAAAUGCAGGCGGACAAUCCGGGCACUUGGCUUUUACAUUGUCACAUAUCGGAUCACUUACAAGCAGGAAUGGAAACCGUAUUCACUAUUAGGGACGAACUGCGGCCUACGCCUAACACCAACAUCAUUACUACCGCUGCCCCGUUACCAGCGGUCUGUUCAAACCCAGCUGUGUGGCGCUUUCUGCGACAGACUUCACCUCUAAGAGCGUCGGCGCUACAGAAGGCUCUUUGCAACCGCCAUCCGUCAAGUCAGACGAGAAAUGCUUGUUUGGGUGACACCUGGUGUCGAAAGAGUAUGUUAAAGUUCAUCGGAGUUUCGCGGGAAUAAUUAUUUGAUCUGUACACAAUCUGAUUCUCUUUGUGUCUGGUUUGAAACUGGCUCUGUGGCUCAAUUUCCCGUUUUAGUAAGCGUACAGAUGUAGGAAAUUUCGAAAUUUUGUCCUUAACAAUACAUACGUUACCUUAUGUGACGUUAUAACCAAGACAGGGUCAUUUACAAAAUAUGAGAUAUUAAUUUUAUGAAGUUUAGUGAAAGUUGUAGACGUGACAAGGCCAUGGAACCGUAUAUCUGUACACACGUAACAUUAGUUGUAGGUGAACAUAUUGUGAAACAGGAGCCGAGGUUUACCUGGAGGACAAAUAACGAUGAUAAUUAUACUUCUUGCGUCGUCUUGAAAUGACAAAAUAGCCUGCCCUAAACUGUCCUCUCAAAACAUGUGGGAGACCUGAGUGCAAAAGGCGCAAGUAACAUUACCGAUACGUGUGAUGUCGGCCAGCUUGUGUCCUUUCCGAACUGUCAAUCAAGACCACGCAUUUGUCCUCUGUAGUUACGUUUAUUACUAUGGUUUAGUCAGUGAUGAAGGUGUGACGACUUUAUAUUAUUGUUACAUGGUUACUCAGUGAUAGAACAUGUCCGACGCAAAUGGUGUCAAUAAUCCUCAUAUUGGACAAGGCGUGAUAUAUUUGCGUAUCCUGUAACUGAGUGACCAUGUAACGAAUUUAUCCUACAAAGACCCAUCAAUUCAGUGCAGAAGACCGAUGAAUAGGAGCAAAAUGCUAAAGCGAUGUGACCACCGUCGGACCCCAACAAAGGGAGACAAACUACUCAGCAAACACACUUGACGUCAUCUGUAGGAUUCGAGUAUAUGUGUACCUCAGUUGUCCAAUGGAAAGCGGAGUAUUUUGUCUGACGCAGGAUAUGGUUACGUGUUCUAUACCAUGGCUGUCAGUGCUAAAAGUAUUACGCCGUCCUGUAUAGAGCUACGUGUGCUAUACCAUAUAUUGUCAGUGCUGAAUGUAGUACGUCGUCUUGCAUACACAGUUAAGAGACGCAAUAUGUGCUUGGGGGAAACGCGAACCCUUGAUAAACGUUUCCCAAAAAUGUGCUGUACGACUCGCGUGUGUUUUGAAAACUGUCUCUGUACAUAUAAAAAUUUAUGCAUUGUUUUAUUAUAAUUUCUUUUAUGAGAAACGUCUUUUUAUGUCGGUGAUAUAUAUAUAUAUAUAU